AUGCAAUUACCGCAGCCAACAAUCAUGGCUCUGAGCCUGAUUCUAACCAUUGGGCCCUACCGCCAUCGAAAAGAUAUGAACAGACAACUGGUGCUACUGAAGUAUCUGAUUCUCGGGUACAUCGCUGCAGGAACGUACGGAAAAGUGUACAAGGCGCUGCUGAAGCAGGUGGUCAAGCCCGACUCCGACGAGAGCUCCGAUAUGGCCGUGGAUGAGCCGCCUCGGACAGAAAACGAAGAGGAAGUCCAGUUCUACGCUAUCAAAAAGUUCAAAAGCGACAACCACCUGGUUUCCAAAGCAGCAGGGGCACAUGCGGGCGGACAUCAUCCGCAUGACAUCAACGGGCACGAGGUUUUGCAUUACACCGGGAUCUCGCAGUCGGCGAUUCGGGAAAUGUCGCUCUGUCGAGAGCUCAGCCACAAGAACAUCACAAAACUCAUGGAAAUCAUAUUGGAGAACAAGUCGAUCUUCAUGGUGUUCGAGUUUUUCGAACAUGACUUGCUUCAGAUCAUCCACUACCACUCACACCCGGAAGUGAAGCCCAUUUCAGAGCAGACAGUGAAACUGCUUAUUUGGCAAGUGUUGAACGGAGUGACGUUUCUCCACAAGAACUGGAUUUUCCAUCGCGACUUGAAGCCGGCCAACAUCAUGGUUUCCAGCGAUGGCGUGGUGAAAAUCGGCGAUUUGGGCCUUGCCCGGAAGUUCAACAAUCCGCUCCAGAGUCUUUACACGGGAGAUAAAGUGGUGGUGACCAUCUGGUAUAGGGCACCUGAACUUCUCUUGGGGACAAGACAUUACACUCCUGCCAUAGAUCUAUGGGCCGUGGGAUGCAUUUUGGCCGAGCUUUUGUCGUUGCGUCCCAUUUUCAAGGGCGAGGAAGCGAAAAUGGACAUGAGCAACAAGAAACAGAUUCCGUUCCAGAAGAACCAGCUCCAGAAGAUUUUCGAGAUUUUAGGCACGCCGUCGUCGGAGCUGUGGCCCACCUUGUCGAAAUACCCGGACUACUACGUUUUCCAACAGCAUUUUUUGCUGAACAGCUCUUCCAUCUACCAACCAAACCUCACAGGGUGGUUCAAAAACAUUGGCGGGAAAAACAAACAAUGUUUGGCUCUACUCCGUGAGUUGUUCCAGUACGACCCAAUUUCACGUAUCACGGCCGAUGACGCUUUGGUACACCGGUAUUUUUUGGAGCACCCACCCGUGAAAGAAAAUGCGUUCGAAGGCAUGAAUGUUCGCUAUCCGAAAAGACGUAUCUAUACAGACGACAUCGAUAUUAUUUCGAACAAUGGCGCUAUGAACGGAACGAAAAGACACGGUUAUGAGGACGGGCUUCUCCGGAAAAGGCAACGGUAG